AUGCCAGCGGCAAGUGUUAUUAUCGUUCUUGCUGAACUUCUUGUUGUGUGCUUUUUCUAUGGAACACAACGAGUAGCAUCAAAUGUCACGACAAUGACUGUUGGCAAAGCUGUUGUUGGGACCGUUUCAACCACAGAUUACUAUUAUCAAAUCCUAUCGACAUUGCUGUGGGCAGGAUUGAUUCCCAUCGCUCUAUUUCUCGCCGCAUAUCUAUUCAUAACGGAUCCACAAUCGAAUUUUGAGACGAGUGACAGCCUUCUUCUCGCACUUUUAUUAUGCCCAAUUCCUAUUUGUGCUGUAUAUAGGGUUUGGUACUUCUACCGCAACCGUAUGAAUCCGAAGCGCCUGUUCAAACCGGAUGCAGAGCUCUGGGGACCCCGAUCGACGGCUCAUCGCAAGCUUGCCGAAAGAAACGAAAGACUAGCUCGUAUUUAUUAG